AUGUACCGUCGCGGUACGGGUCAGCACGAGCUUGUCAGCACUUCGCUUCAUGGAAGGUCUUCCGAGGAAGACCAUGCAGCUGGCCUCAUCCACUUCCCCAAGGAAGACCGGCGGGUUCUGGCGGCGGACAUCAAGCGAACGAGGCAGGCAUACGCCAUGUUCAAGCGGGAGGAAGUGAUGCAGCUGGUCUCGCAGGUCCUCGAGAGGUACUGCGUGGGGCACGGCAUCCGCUACAAGCAGGGCCAGAACGAGCUCAUCGCUCCCUUCGUCAUGCUUCAGGACCCGCCGCUGCCGGUGCCGGUGCUGGGGUUGAUGUUCGAGUCCUUCAUGAGCCGGUUUGUUAGCCGCUGGUUCGUGGACGACGAGAUAGAGGCGCUGUUGGUGAGCUACAGGGUCUUCCGCGUGCUGCUGUUCUACGUGGACCCCGGCCUGGCGAGCAAGCUGGACGAGGCCGACUUCGUCCCGGAGCUGUACGCCACGGCGUGGCUCAUCACCCUCUUCAGCAGGAACUUGACGAUGGAGCUGGUGGUGAGACUUUGGGACGUGUACCUGGCGGUGAACGACCCCUCCCUCGUGUUCUUUCUGCUCGCUGCUCUCCUCGUCCGAAACAGGCAAGCUAGCGAGGCAUCGAACCAGGAGACCACGAACGCGAUCCUGGGGGUGGACCAGGCACACAUGAUGCCGGAAAUGAUCCAAAGCCUUACCGUCACCGACAAGGAGGACCUGGAGGAGCUCAUAGUGCAGGCACGAGAGAUGCUGAGGAAAAUUCCUGAAAGCUUCCUCCAGACCGUUCGCAGCUGCUGCAGCGACCAGUGCAACGUGCCUCUGGACACCUCCCGCUCUCUCUUCUGCGAAUCCGUCAGGUGCGUCUCGAUCGGCCCGGAAGAGCUCCUGGACAGGAUGGCCAGAAGGUCGCCGGGGAAUGGGGAGGGCGGGGGCGGAGACGGUAGGGAGGGGGCACGCGACGGAAGGGUAGCAGCAGACGGAAACCACAGCCCUUGCCCGAUGCGACCCGGAGCGUUGGACACGGUUGCACUGGACAUCCGGCCGCUGCACGACUACGAGAACAGCGGGACCGGGCACCUGGGAAAGUCUCUACGACUGGAUCCCUACCUGUUGGAGAUGGAAGACAUCUUGGAGAAGUGGAUGCAGCACUUCGACGGCACCCGGGGCACUCACGUGUGCCUUGUCGACUCUCUGGACCCCACCACCGGCUCCGGUGCUUACGGCAGCAGCGGCGGCGGUGGGCACGGUGAUGAAUCCGUGGGGCGUGGGGGGGAACAACAGCAGCAGAAGCAGCGGGAACAGGAGCGAAGAAGAGGCGGGAGCGAGGCUGCUGAGAAGGACAGGGCGGGUAGCGAAGUAGCAGCAGCAAGGGCAGCAACAUCGGGGGUAGGCAGGAUUAUCGAGGACCCCUUGUGGAGGCGUCUUUUGUUCGGGGAGGGGGAUCCCAUCACGGCGGGCGGGAGAGAGGGAAACGCGGAUGCACCGGAUUGGGAGUGGCAGCAGCAGCGGCAGCCGUCUGAUGGCAGCGAUCGCGCCUCUCGCGGGGGAGGUUCAGGAGUAGGGGGGGUAGUCGAAGGCGGCUCGGGAGAGGGUUUCGGAGCUGCGAAGGCCUUCGCCCAGAGGCUACACGCGAGAGGUUUUCCCUACGUGUCCAUCUUGGAGGGAGGCAUGGAAGGCAUCGUCGAACACCUCAAGAAGGAGGGGAUCCCCCUGGAGCCUACGGUUAUCGACCACGACCCGGAGGCGUACCAGCGUUGGAGAGAGGCCCAAGCCCGCCGCCUGGUGGCAGCGCUGCCCCCGGAAGGCCAGCGUAGGGAAUCCGCCAGCAGGGCAGGAGAGGCGUUUUCCUGGAGGGGAGAAGGGGACGGCAGAACCGGCAACAGCAGCAACAGCAACAGCCACUACAGCGGUUCUUCCUCCCCAUCUCAUCAGCACGACGGGCUCCAGCACCAGCGAGAGGAGUACAGCGGAGGCGGUGGGGGUGGGGCGGCGGAAGGUGGGGGGGGAGUGCAUCCUGGUCAAUCGAAAGUCGGCGUUCUCGACCGGCUCGGGCUGGUGCGAGUGAGGGACGGCGUGAGCCACGGCGUGGGCACCGUGGCCCGGACGGGGGCCUGGGCCGUUCGAGGCGGCGCGGGCAUGAUAAUCCCGUCCGCUCUCUCCGCCGACAGCGGCGACAUGGUCCACCCGCAGGAACGGGAGAAGGGCAGGUUCCGUGGACAAACCGCUCCCAGAGGUCACGCGAGAACGGAGAGCGGAAACAUCUGGGAGGACGAAGAGGGUGCCAAUGGUGGCGGUGGCGGCGGGUUGAACAACCUGAUGAACGGGGGACUCGUGGACAGCAAUGAUGUGAAGGCCAUCUUGGGAGCGGUGAAGACCGCGCAGGCGGGCGUCCGAGAUGGUAUCAACCGAGGGGUCGGCACCGUCCGUCGCACAGGGUCCUGGGUGGCGAGGGAGGGAGGCAUAGCCGGGAGAGGCGCGACCCCCCCACCCGCCCCUGCCUCCGUCGAUGGCGGCAAUAACCCGGGCGGGGGCAGCGGGGAUGGGCCGGGCAGGGCGCAUCGGCUCCACCCGAGAAGCGGCACCGGGAGCGGGCAGGUCGGGAAGGGGGCGGGCGAGGACGAUGUGGACGAGCAGAGCGAGGAAGCUGCGCUCUUGGUGGCUCUCAAGACGGCAGAGGCGAAUGGGCACACCGCUGUCGCCAAGGUUCUCCGAGGCCGGCUUGGGUUUCUGCAAGGCCAGGCGGUCAGGCUUCGGCUCGCACGAAAAGAAGACAGCGGCGGUGGCGGCGGCGGCGGUAGCGGACCCGCUCCCUCGAGCGAUGUACAACCGCCAUACGAGGACUCUCCCGACCUAGCUAGCACCCCGGUCCGUGUCGACUAGAUCUCAAGAAGUUUUUGUUUUGCUGCCGUCGGUUUCGCGAAUAGAUGAUUCAGUUUGUUUUUUACUGGGGGACCGAUAGGCUGCGGGAGGGGGGGCGGGGUCGAUGGUGAGCGGAAGCGUUCUGCGGCGGCACUGAAAGAGUUGUGGGGGGGGAGGUGUAUCAAGUCCCCAGCUGUUUGGUGCAAGUCUAAAGAUCGGCGUUUCAAGCAAAUCUUUUGACGAUCACUGGGAACUGCGCACGCAGCUAUUUCUCUAGCACGUUUUGCUGAUGACAUUGCAGCAAGAUUAUGUGGACGUGCGCGUUGUGUAAGGUCGGGUUUUAAGCCUUCCCGCCCAUGUGUAUGUCCCCCCGUGUGUAUGUGCCGCACUUUCCCCGUUUGGAUGUAGGUGCACUUUGUCGUGGUCGGUUUAUCGCUCUGUGAGACAAAAGAAGCAAGUAAGAACAGGAAAGCGCUCGACGUGUUGAACUCUACGUGGGCAACAACGUAGCCGCUGGUCCCCUUUUUCAGGAACGACAGCCCGCUUACCUCAUCCGCCUUAUUGUACCGUCGUUGAAUAUCAACGCCUCAGAACAGCAGUGAGAGGUGCCCACAAGCAAUGAACAGAACCCUAAUAAUAUUACUGGAACUUUGUCUUGGCGCCAACACCCCCUGCCUCUGCAGCAUCGG